AUGUUUCUCGAAAAGAAUAUUAUUAUGUCUUAGAAAACUGGAUAAGUUUGGGGAAAAGUAAAUAAGUCUAAAUUCGCCAGAUUCAAAAGAAAGUUGACCAGAAAAUGGAGAGCAAUAAAGAAGUCAAAAAUUGCAUAGAAAAUAACUAAAUCGAUUAAACAUAUCCCAAUAAUAAAUCCAAACAACGAAUUCAAAUUGAUCUGGGAUAUCUUUCUAGCUUUUAUAAGAUUCUAUCUUCUGUUUGUCAUUCCUUAUGAAAUAGCAUUCAGUAAUAAACUCUUAUAUAAUCAACUCCUAUGGACAUUACAGGUUUCCAUCGCUUUAUUGAUCUUUGAUAUUUUAUUAAACUUUAUAACAUCCUUUUAUGAGAAAGGUUAUUUGAUAUCAAACCAUUAUAAAGUGGCUCGUAAUUACAUAAGGAACGGUUUCAUUUAUGAUAUUUUUUGUGUUAUAACAUUAGUCUUAGUACUUGCUCAGGAACUCAGUGAACAAAAUAGUUAUAUCGAUUAUAAACACCAGAGUGUGAUUAGCAUCUUAGGAAUCAUCAUCUAAUUAUAAAAUAUCAUUCGAGUCUUUUAGAGACUAUAAAACAGCUAAGAUUAUUCAGAAACUACUUCAUUGUUAAUAGACCUAAUUAAACUAGUGAUGUUUUUAUUCUUACUGGAACAUCUAUUUAGUUGUAUUUGGUACUUCGUUGGCAUUUAAGAUAUUGCUGAAGAUUCCUGGAUAAAAGCUAAUGGGUUAUCUGAUGCUCCUUACACUGAUUAAUAUAUAACGGCAUUUUACUUCUCGUCGGUUACAAUGUUUACUGUAGGAUAUGGAGACGUUGUUCCAAGAAAUAUCUAUGAGAGAUUAGUGACCAUAGGAUUUAUGGUUUGUUCAACUUUAUAAUUGUCAUAUACGGUUUCAGCGAUCUGGAAUGUGUAUUCAAAAUUGAAUGAGAAAAGUGAAGAUCACAUUCGCAAAAUGAGAGCUAUCAAUACUUAUAUGAAGAGUGUGAACAUAUCCAAUCAACUCAAAUAUGAAAUUAGAGAAUAUUUAACAUUCUAUUGGAAAGAACAGAAACUAGAGGAGAACUUAGAAGUUAAGGAUAUAAUAGGUUAAUUAUCUCAAGACCUUUAGGAGAAUCUCAUCUUCGAGGCUAACUCUAUCAUAGUCAAAGGGUGUAAGCUAUUUAACAACUAUUUUUCCCAUGAAUUCAAAGCUGAAUGCUUAAAACAUGUUCAAUCAAUAACUCUUACGCCAUGCAAGACUGUGCCAUUUGAUUAGCCAUGUUUAUUUUUCAUAGAAAGGGGAUCUAUUGGAACAUAUUUAAGAAAUAAUAGACUUCGAUUAGCAACCCUCUAAACUGGAGAUAAUUUUGGAUUAAGAGAAUUUAUGUUUGAUGAUAUCCCAUCUUUAAGAUACACUUCUGUUGCUUUUAGCAAAUUGGUCUUCAUCACAAAAAAAGACUUCAUGAAAGUCCUUUAACAAUAUCCUGAAGAUCAUGAAUAAUAUUGCUAAUUGAAAGAACAACUCAUCUUUGACAAAUCAUAUUUUGGUAUGGAUUGUUAUUCAUGCAAAAGCCUUUAACAUACUAUUCAGCAGUGUCCUUUGCUGACAUUUAAUCCAGACACAGAUUCAGUCAUCAAAAAACAUCAGUACCCUUAAUUACAAACUAGAAGGCCCUAUAAAAGGAUAUUUGAAAGGAAAAGACGAGCUAUUUUUAAGGAACUUAAAUAAAAUGAUAAUGCAGAUAAGAUUUAAUUAACUAUCCCAACAAUAGAAUCAUCAGAUUCUUCUGAAUUUGAAUUAAAAGAAUCUUGGAAAGCUUCUCAUUCAAACUACUUUUAAAAAAUGUAAAAUAUCACAAGGAGAUAAUUUCCCAACAAACAAGCCUUAAAUAUUAAGUAAAUACGAUAAAAAUUACACCCUACAAACUAGACUGUCUAAAUAUUAGAAUUACAUAAUCCAAGAGAAUUUGAUGAAGAAUGUUUAAGAGAAAGUGAUAAAAUAUUGUUAGAAGACUUAAAAUUAAAACUGAACUAGAGAAUUAAUUUAGAAAUAGAUUGUAUUAAGAAUUACAAAAAUUAUCAUCCUGAUUUUAAUUCUGCUUGGCUGUUUAAAAGUACAAAAAUAAACUUGAAAUUCUUUGAAUAAUGGAAGUAACUCAGUCUCUUUCUUACUUUUCCAUAUGAAUUCAUUAAAAAAUAUCGCUAAACCAUUCUUAGAGGUAGCCAGCUUGUAAGUCCCCAGAAAGAUGUCAGUCAUCAUAGGAAAAAGAAAAGGGCAACUGCGUUGUAUUUUAAACCGGUUUAGGUGAAAUGA